AUGGUAUACGCCAAGAACCGAUUGACCGGCGGUGCAGGUAGCGGCACAUUGGACGAGCUGGUGCAGUACGUAACGAUUCACAUUCCGCUGCCAGUGGUACUGAGCGGUGCCGUGAUGCCAUUCAUGAUCGUCUAUGCGCUGUGGCUUUACCUGUGGGUGUUUGUUUACGGUGUCGACGAGUACCAGGACGCGGGAUUGCUUUUUCUGGCCGGUAUUGCCUUCACGCAGAUCUUUCUGUGCCUGUGCUGCUUCUGGAGCGUCCACGUGCAGACGUUUCUUAACUGCCGUAAAACGAAAGUGCCCUGCACCGGGGCGAUCGUAAAAGUCGUUCCCACGGAGAACAACGGAUCCUCCGAACUGGUGCGCAUCCGCCAGACGAAAGCCACAGAGGAAACGAAGGAGGACGGCGAAGUGUCGUAUUGGUUUCUGUUCCAAAAAACCAAAUACUUCUGGGACCCGAACAAGGCACUGUUCCGAAGCGUCGAGUUUCCCAUCCACAAGUCGUAUGAGGAGUAUUUUGAAUCCAAGGGCCACCUGGAUGACGCAGACGUCACGCUCGCCCAGGCCACGUACGGCGACAAUGAAAUGGAAAUGGUGGUACCAGAAUUUCUCGAACUGUUCAAAGAGCGAGCCACGGCGCCGUUUUUCGUGUUUCAGAUAUUCUCCGUUUUGCUCUGGUGUCUGGAUGAGUAUAUGUAUUAUUCGCUGUUUACGCUAUGCAUGCUUGUGAUCUUCGAGUGCGUGCUAGUGCAGCAGCAACUCCGCAGUCUGUCGGAAAUCCGCAAGAUGGGCAACAAGCCGUACCAGAUCAACGUGUUCCGUAACCGACGCUGGCGUUCGAUCAAUUCCGCCAAGCUCGUGCCAGGCGAUCUCGUGUCGGUGACACGCUCCCAGGACGAAAAUCUCGUCCCGUGUGAUUUAUUGCUCAUCCGAGGAUCGUGCAUAGUCGAUGAGAGUAUGCUUACAGGUGAAUCUGUGCCGCAAAUGAAGGAAUCACUGGAAAAUAACACAGAUGAACAUGACAAGGUGCUCGAUAUGGAGGCCGACGGAAAGCUGCACGUGUUGUUCCGUGGCACGAAGGUCGUGCAGCAUUCGGCACCGAGCAAGGGUGCGAUGCGAUCACCGGACAACGGCUGUAUUGGAUACGUGUUACGGACGGGCUUCAACACUUCACAAGGCAAGCUGCUACGGACGAUCCUUUUCGGCGUCAAGCGCGUCACCGAGAACAAUCUCGAGACGUUCGUCUUCAUUCUGUUCUUGCUCGUUUUUGCGAUCGCCGCUGCGACGUACGUGUGGAUCAAGGGUACGGAAGAUCCCAACCGGAAUCGCUACAAACUCUUCCUCGAGUGCACAUUGAUCCUUACCUCGAUCAUUCCACCGGAUCUACCGAUCGAGCUGUCGCUCGCGGUCAACACUUCGCUGCUACAACUGUCCAAGGUGUUCGUGUACUGCACGGAACCUUUCCGCAUGCCAUUUGCCGGCAAGGUACAGAUUUGCUGCUUUGACAAAACGGGCACCCUUACGAGCGACAACCUGUUGGUUGAAGGAAUUGCCGGCCUGAAGCAGGACACUUCGAUUGUGCCGAUUGCGGAGAUACCGGAAGCAACGGCACACGUGCUCGGUUCCUGCCACUCGCUCGUCCAGCUCGACGAGGGGCUCGUAGGCGACCCACUGGAAAAGGCCACCCUUACCGCCAUCGAUUGGAACCUCACGAAGGGUGAUUCGGUAGUACCGAAAAGGGGAAAGUUCAAAGCUCUCCGCAUCUACCAUCGGUUCCAUUUUUCGUCCUCGUUGAAGCGCAUGUCCGUGCUGGCCGGUUACCUUAUGCCGUUCUCCAACGAAACGUGCUACAUCGGCACGGUGAAGGGCGCACCCGAGAUCAUCCUGAAGAUGCUGCGAACAGUCCCGGAAAACUACGAGCGCACGUACCUCGAGUACUCGAGACGUGGUGCCCGAGUGCUCGCCCUCGGCUACAAAUCCUUCGGCACGCUCGACAACAAUACCGUACGCGAGCUGAAGCGGGAUGAUGUCGAGCGGGAUCUUGAGUUUGCCGGGUUCAUCAUCAUCUCAUGCCCGCUGAAGCCGGAUUCAAAGUACGCGAUCAAAGAAAUCAUUCAAGCGUCCCACAAAGUGAUGAUGAUUACCGGUGAUAAUCCGCUGACCGCGUGUCACGUCGCGAAAGAGCUUCGGUUCAGCCGGAGGACAAUCAUGAUCCUUACGCCCCCCGAGGAACUUAACGGAAGCACCGGAACCGAGCUGAGCGAGUGGCACUGGGAGUCGAUCAACCGUGAGUUGCAACUACCGGUCGAUUCGCGCACCGUCAAGGAGCUGUACAAGGAGUACGACUUUUGCAUCACCGGCGAAGGCUUGCAGUAUCUUGACCGCGAGCGACACGCCUACCUGCUGCAGCUGAUCCCGUAUGCGACCGUUUUCGCACGAUUCGCUCCAAAGCAGAAGGAGUACGUGAUAACGACGCUGAAGAAACUCGGCUACUAUACGCUCAUGUGCGGCGAUGGAACGAAUGACGUUGGAGCGCUCAAGCAUGCCCACGUCGGGGUGUCCUUGCUCAGUCACAUGCCCUCGCGUUCAGAGCGCAAGCAGCACCGUGAGCAGCAGGAAGAGAAGGAAGAGAAAAAGAAAAUCUUGAAAGCCGGUGGCGGUGCGAUCGAGGACGGUGGUAAUCGGCGGCAGCUGACUCCUCGCGAGCGGGCUAUCAUGCGAGCGCGAGAAAACCAAAGCGCCACCCAGGAACGCCUGCAAAAAGCCCUUAAGGAGAUGGACGAAGAACAGGUGCAGAUCGUCAAGCUGGGUGAUGCGAGUAUUGCGGCUCCGUUCACGAGCCGGUUGACGUCGAUCAAUUGCGUAUGUCACAUUAUUAAGCAGGGCCGGUGCACGCUGGUGACGACGUUGCAGAUGUUCAAAAUCCUGGCCCUUAACGCCCUGAUCUCCGCCUACUGCCAGUCGGUGUUGUACAUCGAUGGUGUGAAGCACAGCGAUGCACAGCUCACCCUGCACGGACUGCUAACGGCGGCCUGUUUCCUGUUCAUCACGCGAUCAAAGCCCCUCAAGGUGCUCUCGAAGCAGGCGCCACUGCCGAACAUCUUCAACCUCUACUCGGUCACGACCAUUUUGACGCAGUUCGCCAUCCAUUUCUCCGCCUUGAUCUACAUGGUGCACGAGGCUAAUGUCCGGUCACCUCCGCGGGAGACUAAAGUAAAACUAAACGUCGAUCUGGCGCCGGACGAGAAGCAAGAAUUCGAGCCAAAUAUCGUGAACAGCACGGUGUACAUCAUCGGUAUUGCCAUGCAGAUAGCAACGGUGGCCGUCAACUACAAGGGCCAUCCGUUCAUGGAGAGUCUCCGCGAGAACCGGUUGCUAUCGUACGCAAUCUUCAGCUCGAGCGCUAUUGUGCUAUGUCUCGCGCUCGGAAUCGUGCCCGACCUACUAGAGAUGUUCGAAGUGAUAAACUUCGAAUCGGAUUAUCGACGAAUUCUCGUCAGCGUACUGAUAGCGGACAUGGUGCUGGCGUACCUGGCCGAUCGCGUAUGCUCGUUUCUUUUUGGUGAAACGCGCGGAAAAACGGACAUUAUUACUUAAUUCCAUGGACACGGACGACGAGCGCGGACGACUGCGGAUGGGCAGAACUAGACUACACUGACAGUCGUUUGUACUACUUUUGCCAACCCACCUCCCCUCUUUGCGUGGUCGGCGUAUUUAGAUCACGGCAAAUGAAUAGAGCGCAAAAAGGAUAACAUUUAAACAGACAAGCAGACACGGUUAUUGCGUGUACAAAUCGAUAGCUAAACGAACAGGAAAGGAGAACCGAUCGACUGUCCGGUGUUGCUUCAGGUUACGUUUUUAAUUUACAACGAGAAAAGAGUCCGGUAUCGGUAGCUAAUUUAUGUUUAAACUAUGUUAGUUAGCACCCAUCGUGAGAAUUUAUACGAGUCAAACGAAUUAGCAGCAUUUACUUGAAGGGGUUGCCGGCAUUGGUUUGUGCACCCGUGUGCGACGCAAACUGCUUUAUUUCCUAGUAAUUUAAUCCAAAGUCUGCUGUUCUCGCAUACUAUUUGCUUUCUUUCAUUUUUUCGUGGGAAUUAUUAUGUUUUCACUCAGGAUUAAAGCGCAACCUAGGAAGUAUUGCACGAAGGGUGUAGGCACCAGUUUACGUCGGAAAAAUCACGAUCUGCAUUAUGGGCAUUUUGCAACGAACUUCUUAACUUUCCUCGUACAAGCAAUAGUCGGGAGAGAGGCAGAAAUAGUACAGAUUCGUGGGAUAAUGUGGACCGGUGUUAGCCUGUUAGGAGGGAAAGACGCAUCCUCCCGUAACCUCAUUACUAGUUCUCGGUAGCAGUUGUGAGAAAUGAUCAUCUUCUGGGAUGAAAAGUGAAAGAAUACAACAUAAUAUA